AUGAGUAGUCCCAAGGUUGUCAUGGCGGUGGCAGCGCUUCUGCUGCUGCUGGUAUCCCUGUCGGCACGGGCGAACACGACGGACUCAUCUGAAAGGGAGUGGGAGUGGGAGUGGGAGAAGAUCCAGGAGUUGCACCGGCAGGUCUUGGCGGACUGGAAGGCAGGGCACGGAAAGAACAAGAGGAGCGAGGUAGAGACUCGGCGGGUGUUCGCGGAGUGGAAGGCGGUGCAUGGCAAGAAGUACACCUCCGCCCGCGAGGAGGAGCGCCGUUACGCCGCCUUCAAGGACUUCCUCCGCCAGAUAGAUCUGCACGAGGCCGCCUUCGGUGCCAACUCUGUCUUCACCAUCAACGGGCCGUUCAGCGACCUCACCGAUGAGGAGUCAAGGGCCUUGACCGAGAGCUAUCUUCCAUCCCACGAGAGCGAAGAUCAAGAUACCCUCCGGCGGCCGGAGGUGAAUCAAUCGACGGUAACCACAGUCUCCGUCAAUAAAGCCGUUCUUGCUGAGCUCAGCUUGCUGGAGCAAGCACCUGGAUCUUCUCUGGUGGAUGGUACAGUUGCUUUUCGACUCCGCAUCUUCGACGGUGGAUCUUCCUCGACAAGUGCUUCCAAGCCGGUGGCAAUCUUGCCACAGCUAUCCUUGGCCAUGGAGGCCAAUCUACAACCUCCAAAUCGGAGGCUACUCUCUGUCAUGUCUGCUGGAGCUCGACACCUAGAUGCUGCCAAGUGGUUCGUCCCCGGAAGCCUCAAGAGAUGCUCUAAGUCGGUGCUCUGA